AUUGAGGGCUGGAAAAAGGUGAGUGAUUCCAUCGCGGUUGGCUGCCGCGCUGGUAUAAAACGGCUACCUGCGACGCCUCUCUCAUCCCACAACUCGCACUCCUCAACUCACCUACUCAGUCUAGAGAGAGAGAACCGCUCCGCUCUUUACUUCAUUCUUUUGGGAUCUUUUGUUCAUCACUUCGUUUCUUGCAAUCGGAAAUGGCCUCUGAGCAGAAGAAUGUCGGAAUUCUCGCCCUCGAGAUUUACUUCCCUCCCUCUUGCCUCCAGCAGGAAGCAUUGGAGGCUCAUGAUGGAGCAAGCAAAGGGAAAUACACAAUUGGCCUUGGUCAGGAUUGCAUGGCUUUCUGUGGUGAGGUGGAAGAUGUCAUAUCGAUGAGUUUAACAGCUGUUAGUUCGCUUCUUGAGAAGUAUAGAGUUGAUCCAAAGCAAAUUGGUAGAUUGGAAGUUGGAAGUGAGACUGUUAUUGACAAGAGUAAAUCUAUCAAGACUUUCCUGAUGCAAAUUUUUGAGAAAUGCGGAAACACUGACAUUGAAGGUGUUGACUCGACCAAUGCAUGCUAUGGAGGAACUGCUGCACUAUUUAACUGUGUGAAUUGGGUUGAGAGCAGUUCAUGGGAUGGCCGCUAUGGGCUUGUUGUGUGCACAGACAGUGCGGUCUAUGCUGAGGGGCCAGCUCGGCCAACUGGAGGAGCUGCAGCUAUUGCUAUGCUAAUAGGGCCCGAUGCUCCGAUUGUUUUUGAGAGCAAGUUGAGGGGUAGCCAUAUGGCUCACGUCUAUGACUUUUACAAGCCUAUUCUCGACAGUGAAUAUCCGGUUGUUGAUGGUAAGCUUUCACAAACUUGUUAUCUCAUGGCACUUGAUUCAUGCUACAAGACCCUGUGCAGCAAAUACGAGAAAUUAGAGGGCAAGCCAUUUUCUGUUGCUGAUGCCGACUACUUUGUUUUCCAUUCUCCUUAUAAUAAGCUUGUUCAGAAGAGCUUUGCUAGACUGCUAUUCAAUGACUUUAUGAGGAACGCGAGCUACAUUAAUGAGGCUGAUAAAGAGAAGUUGGCACCAUUUUCAUCCUUAACUGGUGACGAGAGCUACUCAAACCGUGAUCUUGAAAAGGCAUCCCAACAAGUUUCCAAACCAUUUUACGAUGCCAAGGUGCAGCCAUCCACGUUAGUGCCAAAACAAGUUGGCAACAUGUACACUGCAUCUAUCUACGCUGCAUUCAUAUCCCUUAUCCACAACAAGCACAGCACCUUGCCUGGGCAACGGGUAGUAAUGUUCUCCUAUGGGAGCGGGUCAACUGCCACAAUGUUUUCACUCCGCAUUCGUGAGUGUCAACAUCCUUUCAGCUUGUCAAACAUUGCAGCCGUUUUGAAUAUUGCAGAGAAGUUGAAGUCAAGGCAUGAGUUCCCUCCCGAAAAGUUCGUGGAAAUUCUGAAAAUAAUGGAGCACAGAUAUGGUGCAAAAAACUUUGUGACGAGCAAGGAUUGCAGCCUCCUUGCUCCGGGCACCUACUACCUCACCGAGGUUGAUUCCAAGUACCGGAGAUUCUAUGCCAAGAAAGAAACGAAUUCAGCAGUGGCCAACGGCCACUGACCGGAGUCCAUGAAGUGCCUGCUUUAGUGAUCAGAAAACCGGAGAGCAAGCGUGAUUGUGUUAGUUUGAUAUAAUGCUUAGCAUCUCCGGCAGGCAGAAAUGUGAUUUAGUUUCUUUCAAUGAGAUUCCUGUAUUGUGCAAUGGGUUGUUCCCCAACUAGCUAACUGUAGAUGGUUGAGAGAUCAUCAGUGUACUUUAUUAUUUCAAUUAAUGAAUGUUCUUUUUCCAUAUCCA